AUGUUGUCUGACCCCCAGCCCUGCAGGAUGACGCGAGAGGAGCGAGAAGAGGCGUACAACAAAGCCCGUCAACGCAUUUUUGGAAGUAGUGAAAAUAAGGAGAAUCAGAACCAAGAUGGCGAGGACAGUAAUGGUGUCUCUCGUGCCAGCUCUGUUUCCGCCAAGGAUAGAGUCAACGGUGGAAAAAGAAAGGUCAACAAGCAACGACGAGAUGACAACGAGGGCUUUGAGUCUCGCUCGCAGUUCGUUGCUUGGUGCGGGCCCCAACAACCUACCUGGGCGGCUGCAGGGCCUCAGUAUUAUCAGGUCGCUGCACCUCAGUUCAACGGGCAAUACCAGCAGCAACAGCCGCCACAACCGGUGUAUCAGACCACCAUGCAGCCCAUGUAUGGACCUGGCCAACCGCAUCCUCCCCAGAUGAUGCCUGGCAAUGGAUAUCCUCCUCAUUACAAUGCCGUGCCUCAGACCUUUCAGACUCCGGCUGGACCACAACCAAGAGCUCCACUGCCACCUCAGCCGGCCUACCAGGCUCCUAAUGCCCCCCCAGUGGCCGGGCCGAUGUACAACGCUCCUGUCCCGGCCAUUCAGCAGCCAGCAUGGCCGCAACAACCACAACCCCAGGCGCAGCCCCAACCUCAACUUCAACAGCCCCCAGCCUUCACUCAGGGUGCUUAUCCGCCUCCGCGGGGGAGCCCUGUUCCUGGCCAUGCUGGGAUUCCUUAUGCCUUUGGACAGCUUCCUGUCAAUGUCAACCCCAACGAUCCCAAGAGCCAGCAUCCAAUUCCUGGGAGCUACAGCCGUCAGUCCUUUAACCCAAAGACGCAGUCUUUUGUGCCCGGCGGCGGAAUCCCCAUGCAGCAGUCUACGCCGCCGCCGGCUGGUUCAUAUGGAGGAACAAGCUCUCACCACGGCAGUCCGCAUCCUCAGUUCAACUCACCUCACUUGAGUUACGCCGGGUACCAGCAGCCGAUUCCGCAGCCAAUGCCGCAGCCCGGUUAUGGGCCGGUGCCCGGUGCCUACAGUAUGACGAGACAGAGCUCCAACGCCUCCAUGACGCAGUACCACAAUGUGCAUCAACCUCUGCACGGCAUCCCCCCGCAUGCGCCGCAGCAUAUGGGCGGUCCACCACACAUGGCACCCAAGUCCAACGGGCCGCCAGGACAGCAGACAUAUAGCCACCUACCGAACUACGGCAACCCAGCCACAUUGCCGCAGAAACCCUCGACUUGA